UGGCCCAUGAGCCCUUUAGGUAAUCCUAAUUAGAGAAUCCUAAAGGGCGCCCGGCUGAAAGGCUCGAAGCCGCGAGAAGAGCUCCAGCUCCCCUCGAGAUACCCCAUUAACGUGCCCCGCCACCUUCGUUAACGUGCUCCAGCGCGCUCUCCUUCGAUCCCCUCUCUCUCAUGGAAGCCGAUGUCUCCAUCAUUGUAGUCCCUGUGGUUAUUCCCUCCAUCCAGGUACCUCAGGAUUUGAAUGGAUGGUGGAUUGUUGCGGUUUGAUGAAAUUAAGAUUGGAUUUGAAGUGAUUGGAAGUAUUGGGUGGGAUAUACUGUGAUAAAUAGAAGUGGUUUGUGGGAGCUCGUGAGAUGGGAUUGUCGAAUUACAAGGGAAAUGUGCUCUUUAUAUGCACUCUUCUUUAUCUGCUGGCUGGGUUUGCGGCUGCCAAUGUGGUGCUGAUUGGGAGGAACGUGUCGUUGUCAUUCAAUGAUGUUGAGGCAAAUUUUGCACCAUCAAUAAAAGGAUCUGGUGAAUGUGGUGUAUUAUAUCUUGCUGAGCCUCUAGAUGCAUGCACUCCAUUGACAAAUAAAGUUGCAGAAGGCCCAAAUUCUCCAUUUGUGUUGAUUAUAAGGGGAGAAUGCGCAUUUGAGGAUAAAGUUAGACAUGCACAAAAUGCCGGGUUCAAGGCUGCUAUUAUAUAUGACAAUGAAAAUAGCAGCAUCUUGGUUCCAAUGGCAGGAACUCCAGGUGGCAUUCAUAUAAAUGCUGUGUUUGUCUCUAAGGCCUCAGGCGAGAUAUUGAAGAAAUAUGCAGGUCGUGCAGACAUGGAGUUGUGGAUAAUACCAACCUUUGAAAAUUCAGCAUGGUCGAUUGUGGUUAUCUCCUUCAUAUUACUCCUUGCCAUGUCUGCUGUGCUGGCUACAUGUUUUUUUGUGCGCAGACACUGCAUAAGGCGCGAACAGCCUAGAGUUUCUAAUGUCCGAGAGUUCCAUGGGAUGAGCAGUCGACUAGUGAAAGCAAUGCCGAGUAUCAUAUUCACGUCUGUCUUGGAAGAUAAUUGCACUUCAUCGACAUGUGCUAUCUGCCUAGAAGACUAUAGAGUUGGAGAGAAGCUUAGAGUACUGCCAUGUCGUCACAGGUUCCAUGCACUUUGUGUUGAUUCUUGGCUCACUAUGUGGAGAACCUUCUGCCCUGUUUGCAAGCAAGAUGCCAGAACAGGCAUAGCCAAUCUUCCAGCUUCUGAGCGCUCCCCGUUACUCUCUUCUGGUGCCCCAACUCCAUCUUCUACUGGUGCAAUAUCAUCAUUCCAUUCAUCUGCAGCAGCAUCUCCAUCUCCAAAUAUACAAAUUGCUUCCACACCUUGGUCAGAAUCAACUUCUUGGACUAACUUCCUCUCCAUUCCUCCUCAUAUUCCUAACCCACUUAGGUCCUAUACUCACUCGCCAGCUAUCAGUAUUAGUAGAAGCUCUGCCAACCUUAGAAAUGCAUCGUCUCAUAGAUCCCCCUCCUCUCAUAUGGCCUCCUCACAUUCCCUGGGUUUUCCUUUGUCUUCACCCAUCCAUUCAAGAUUCAUAUCCCCUUAUAUUCCUAAUUCGAGUAAUGCAUCCCCAAGCUAUCUUGCUGGGUCAUCCAGUCGUCAGUCAUACCUCUGGCAUUGCAGUGAUUCAGGAUAAGUCUGUCUGCUUUAGCCUCAGCACAAUCCUUGCCCAGAUGUUGAUUUAUCUCAAUUACCGGAGGGAGUUCUCAAACUGGUAGCAACCACAAAUUUUCUGCUUAUGCUACACCGUGUUGGGUUAUGGCAGGUGAGCAUCAAUUUAUUGUACCAUAAAAAAAUGGUUGCUUCAGGACCCGUGUGAUAAUCUUGUUUCUUACGGAUUGGUGGUUUCAUUUGAUGAGUUUAUUAUGUCAAGGGGGAACUGAGAAGUCGUUCUCGUCUCAUGAUACUGAGAAAUGCUUACUUAGGCAACAUUGAUAUUGUGGAAAUAUGCCCGAGAUGACCGGUACAUUUAAAGAGGUAAAACUGUUGAAACCUCCGUCGAUGCUUCUCAUUAUUUGCUUUGGAUUAAAUGUUCUGGACAUAGGAGGGCUCAUUGUUCAAGCUUGGUUUGCUCAAUCUUCAUUCUUCUGGAUGCAAAUGAAUUGGAUGAUUACGUGGUGUGGUCUAUGCUACUUCAUCAUUAAGGGAAUUUAUUCUUGAAGGAUCUUUUGCUUUGUCGUUCAUUUUGGAUCAUUAUUGUUAAUGGGCUUCUAAUUGCUAAUUCAUAACAUCUUGACGUAUGCAUUUUUAAUGUUGCAAACUCAGGUAUCUGUAUCUUUUGUUCAUUGGGCUGGAGGCUUUUUGUUCAGCAGUUUAACAUAACUGGAAUCAGUUGUCUUUUCACUAAAUUUGUUUUCUUGUUUCUU